UUACUAAGACAUGCUGGUUGUUGUUAGGCACUUCCGGUGAUAAUGUCAGUCUCUAGCCAUUUCCAUACAAAGAUGUAGAAAUGCUAAGGUUUUAUAUAACAUGACAGGAUUGUAAAGGUACCAUGUCAAAAACUGCAUCACAGGCAUCUAGGCCUUGUAGUAAAGCUGAACAUGUUCAGUUACUGUCGGUCUCAAAAACAUCUGACUCAUUUGCGGCAGAUGUUAUUUCAAAGGUAUUUCCAUCAGCAGAAUUGGCAUCAGAAGCGAGUGCGGAUGCUGGGAGUAAAGUUGUAACUGUUAGCAACCUUGGCAGUCAUCUUGAAAAAUGGACUGAAGAUGCAGUUAAAGGCCAGCAAAUAACAGACACCUCAGAACCGGUUGAAGGUCGGCUUGGUCCAGUUGAUGUCACUUUCCAGUUUGACAUUCACACCAAUGUUGGAACAUUAAUUGUUGAUCAAGACAGAUUGGGGUUGUCAAGCCAGAGUAAUUUUAGCAGUAUGAAGGCAAACUGUUGUGUAUAUAGAGGAAAAUGGGCGUAUGAAGUAAUGCUUGGAUCAAAGGGUGUAAUGCAGAUAGGCUGGUGUACCAUAAAAUGCAAGUUCUCACAAGAAGAAGGUGUUGGAGAUACUGAGGAUUCCUACGCCUAUGAUGGUAGCAGGCAGAGAAAAUGGAACAAAACAACACAGAAAUAUGGAGAGGCAUGGUGUACGGGAGAUGUGAUAACGUGUACAAUUGACUGUGAUACAGGUUCUAUAUGCUUUUACAGAAAUGGUAAGAGUUUAGGGGAAGCAUUUUCGUGUGUAAGACUUGGACCAGGAUAUGCCUACUUCCCAGCUGUUAGUUUAUCACUGGGAGAAAGUCUUAGAGCCAAUUUUGGUGCUACACCUUUGAGAUAUCCAGUGCCAGGCUACUCUCCCCUUCAAAGCUCACCUGUUACUGAUGUUGUGAAAACCAACAUAUUACUAUCCUACAUAGAGAAACUGCUGAAAAUUCACAUGGAAGUGGUUGAGGUUCCUAAAUCACCUGACAAGGAAAUGUUAUCAAAGGAGAAAAAGCCCGCCCCACUUACAGAAACAAGAAGUAAAGAAAGUUCCGUACUGCUGAUUGUUGCCCAAGUCUUUGAUAAACUUGCACCUUACUUGAGAAAUACAUACGUUACAGAAGCUUGCUUGUUAAAGCUUGUACUUAGACUGAAUGAUGUCACCAUGGCAACAAGUCAUCAGCCAAUCAUAUCCAAGCUUCUAGACUACAUGUGGGCUUUCAUGCAGGGAUUUGAGGUCCGAGGUUGUGUGGAGAACUUAAUGGUAUCACUCCUGUCUUCAUACAGAUAUACCCCAACAACUACAGACUUUAGAAACAAUAGGCAGUAUUUGAUAUUAGUUCUGGCUGUAUUGAGACAUCAACAGACAAGAAGAUAUCUCCUAGAACAUGAGUUAUUUGACAAGGUCAAGUUUCCAAUGUUUCUACACAUAAAACCUCUAGAUGAUGCAGGAUUACAGCAACUUUCACCAACAGUUUGGUGGGACAUGACCUCUCAGGAUGAUGAGCCAGAUGAGACAGUAUCUGAGGAAGAACAGAGAAAUAAAGAUCUUUACACACAAUCUGUUGAUGUUUUAAGAGAAAGGAUUGAAGAGAUAGAACAAAUUCAAGUAGAAUUAUUAAAAGUUCUUCUGAAUCACAGAGAUCUGGCUGAUGGUAAAACUUCAAGACAGUUAUUCCUUGAAAAGUUUAGAAAGUUUAUCAGGGAGAAUAAGCCGAAUUCUCUGACACUUUGGCCAAUGCCUGUAACGUUAUGUUUCUUCCAUCGUAUGGUACAAGCACUAAGAUAUUACUGGGAUGACUUCCAGAAAGAAGAUCCAGCAAGAUUUGUCUUCAGUUCUGAGGCAUUUAUGCCAAUACAAGAGUUCUGGUCUGACAGUAGGGAUUCCUAUGAUGUACAACGUUGUGGAGGAUCAAUGUCACACCUUAAUAGAAUGCUAGGAUUUGAAGUGAACAAAGCUCAGGGAUUGCAGUUAUGUCAAGAUGGGGAGGUCAAACCUUUAGAAAAAUCCAAAUCAGCCAGCAUUGAGUAUCCUUCUACAGAAAUGCCAAGUGGUAAUACAUUAAUGGAAUUACUAGAUGGUGUAAUGAUGUUGUAUCAUAUAGCAGCACAUAAACAACUAGGCAAGAUGAAUGUGUUAAAAGAACAUAUACAGGAGUAUAUUCAGUCUUAUAAAGAUACUCUGAAAAAGUUGGAUUGUUGUCCUAUAGAGAUGGAUGAUGUAAGAGAUGAGUUAAUAAGAGCAAAGUCUGUGUUCCUAGAGAAGAUAACUGAACAGGCGAGACAGAUCUGCUGGGUGAGAGCUGUCAUUUAUUCCAAGCAAAAGCAGUUAGAUGUUGCCUGGUUACUGAAGUCUGCAUUAAAGACUGUGAGUAAAGCAUCGGAGUAUAAACUACUGUUCCAGUAUAUGCCGGAAUUCUACCUGGAUAUUGUCAUAUAUUCCCAUAAUGCCUUGAAGAACUUCUUUCAUCCCUACAUGUUGUUUGAAUCACUGCCAGAUUAUGAUGAGUUGAUCAAAGGGUUUGCUACAUUUCUAGUCAGUCAUUUUGCCGACUCAAGGAUUGUUGUAACUGAUACCAGGGAUAACAUAAUACAAGCACUCGCAUGUUUUACCUGUUAUGAAAAAUCACUGAAAGUGUUAGAAAGUUUACCAGUUGAAAAGUGUCAGCACAUGUUGAAAGCCCUGAUAUCUCCAUAUGAAAACAGGUCAUGGGCUCAAACCAACUGGAUUCUAGUCCGUAUUUGGAAGGGGUGUGGGUUCGGUUUUCGAUACACUCACUUGCCACAUUUAGUCCCAUCUAAAGUACAACUUACAGAAUUUGGUUCAGCAAGUUUACAGAAGCCAUGUCCAUCACCGAAGUUCCAGAGUUUGUUAGGUGAUAUUUUACGUUCUGAGCCGGAGGCGGCUACAAGGUUUAUAGAUACACUUCUCAACCAAUUAAACUGGUCGUUCUCAGAGUUUAUUGGAAUGAUGCAAGAAAUACAGACAAUUAUAUCAAGAACAGAAAGGAAGAUAUUUAUAGAGAGCCGCCAGCUCAAGAUCUGUGGGACUUGUUUUGAGAUUUCUGUAUGUCUGUUCAGGGUUGUUGAGAUGGUGGUUGCCAUAGCACCCACUCUCUUCACUGAUUGGACAAAACCAUCUGCUGAACUAUUAAUGCACAGGUUAAUUCAGCUUGUAUGUCUAGUGUUAAACAGAAUUACUCAGAAGGAUGGAAUGUUUGAUAGUGUUGUCUCAUUAUAUAUUACAGGUUUGGAGAGUGUCACACAUUAUCCCAUGCUGUCUGUUAUUGCAGGCAUUCUUACCAUGCUUAUAGUCAAUGCUGAUACUGAAUGUCAGGAGUUGGUAACCAAUGUAUUAUUGGCAGAUCAUGGUUUCCAGAUUACUGCCCUUGAAUUUAUGCUAAAUAAUCAUGAUGAUAAAGAGAAGGGAGCCGUGGGGGGUGUAAAACCAUUGAAGGAGAAACAGUUCGAUUUUAGAAAUUAUGAAGAAGUUAAUGAAGAAGAGAUAGGAAAUGUGGAAACUUUGAUCUCCCACCUACGUGAUAAACAGUCCACGUUUGUACGGCAAGAUAGUGAAAUCAAGGAUGAAGACUUGUGCCAAAUAUGUUAUGCUAGAAAGGAGACAACAGGUUUUAAACCAUGCGGACAUCAGUCCUGCAGGUCAUGUAUAAACCACCAAAUGUUGAUCAAGAAAGAAUGUUUCUUCUGUAAAGCAGUUAUUACAUCAAUUGAAGAUCUCCAGUCAACCACCAAAGUCUAACAAUAUUAAAAUGUUAUAAUGAUAAACAAUGAAAUUACUGAAUGGUUUAUUGGGAAUAAUGACUUAAGUUAUGACCUAAUAUUAGUUUAUAAUAACAUUUGAAUCCUUUUCCUAGAUGUAGGUACCCAACACUCCUGAACAAAUGUCCUGCAAAUGGACUUCAUUUUCACUGAACUAAAUACAUAUGUACACAUGUACAUUAUAAAUUACAGAUAGAACUUUCUCAUACUUUGCUAUUACAAAAAUGCAGAUUUGAAGAAGAAAGGUUAAAGUUAUUAACUUAUUUGUUAAGUGGACAUGAUUCUAGUUUGAAAGUUUUCAAAUACUCGUUUGUAUUUAUGAUUUGAUAUUUGUAUCAUAAUUGUUUAUUAUCUUCCCACAAAUAACACUGCCAUGUACACCAUUUAUUAUAAGGAUACUAGAUAGUAAUGAGAAUAUGCUUUUUAGCUCACCUGAGCUUGCUCAGGGUGAGCUUUUAGGAUCGGUGAAUGUCCGUCGUCCGUCGUCCGUCGUCCGUCCGGCCGUCCACAAUUUCUUGUGAACACUCUAGCGGUCGCAUUUUUGCCUCAAUCAUCAUCAAACUUGGUCAGGAUGCUUAUCUAGUUGAAAGCUCGGAUGAGUUCGAACAUGGGUCAUCUCGGAUGAAAAACUAGGUCACAAGAGCUAAAAAUAGAAAAACCUUGUGAACACUCUAGAGGUCACAUUUUUGACCCAAUCAUCAUCAAACUUGGUCAGGAUGUUUGUCUAGGUGAUAGCUCGGAUGAGUUCGAACAUGGGUCAUCUCGGAUGAAAAAGUAGGUCACAGGAGCUAUAAAUAGAAAAAACCUUGUGAACACUCUAGUGGUCACAUUUUUUGAACCAAUCAUCAUCAAACUUGGUCAGAAUGCUUGUCUAGUCAAUUGCUUGGAUGAGUUCGAACAUGGGUCAUCUCUGAUGAAAAACUAGGUCACAGGAGCUAAAAAUAGAAAAACCUUGUGAACACUCUAGUGGUCACAUUUUUGACCCAAUCAUCAUCAAACUUUGUCAGGAUGCUUGUUUAGAUAAUAGCUCAGAUGAGUUCGAAUAUGGGUCAUCUCGGAUGAAAAACUAGGUCACCGGAGCUAUAAAUAGAAAAACCUUGUUAACACUUUAGCGGUCACAUUUUUGCAUCAAUCAUCAUCAAACUUGAUCAAGAUGCUUGUCUAGGUGAUAGCUCGGAUGAGUUCGAACAUGGGUCAUCUCGGAUGAAAAACUAGGUCACAGGAGCUAAAAAUAGAAAAACCUUGUUAACACUCUAGUGGUCACAAUUUUGACUCAAUUGUCAUCAAACUUGGUCAGGAAACUUGAAUAGGUCAUUGCUUGGAAUAAAUCGAACAUGGGACAUCUCGGAUGAAAAACUAGGUCACAUGAGCUAAAAAUAGAAAAAUCUUGUUAACACUCUAGUGGCUACUGUUGUGAUCCAAAUAUUCUGUUAAUUGGUCUGAAAGUUUUUUUUGAUGAUUUCUAAGUCAAGAUCAAACAUGGGUCAUCUUGGAUGAAAAACUAGGUCACACCGCCCAAAUAUGGAAAAAACCUUGUUAACAUUCUAGUGGUCACAUUUUCGACUCGAUUAUCAUCAAACUUGGUCAGGAUGCUUGUCUAGGUAAUUGCUUGGAUUAGUUCGAAAUCGCAUGUGAAACUAGGUCACCGGAGCUAAAAAUAGAAAAAUCUUGUUAACACUCUAGUUGCUACUGUUUUGAUCCAAGUAUCCUGGAAAUUGGUCUGAAAGUUUGUUUUGAUGAUUUCUAGGUCAAGUUUGAAUAUGUGUCACCUGGGUAAAAAACUAGGUCGCACUGCUCAAAUAUGGAUAAUCCUUGUUAACACUGUAGUGGUCACAUUUUUGACUCACCUGUCAUGAGACUUGGUCAGAAUGCUUGUCUAGGUAAUUGUUUGGAUGAGUUUGAUAAUUCAGGUGAGCGAUCUAGGGCCAUCAUGGCCCUCUUGUUUAUAGUUUCUGUAUUUAUGUUCAAAUGGGAUAUUUUAAAAAGGGACUCCACUGAGCUUUUUUGACAUGACAGGACGGAAGUGGGAAUAAUUUUUCGAGAUAAAUGUUCUAUUUGAUGAAAGUGUGUGCAAAAUUUGAGAUCAUUUCCUUGCUCUGUUUUUCAAGAAUAGUUCAUUUGUAAAAAGUGACCCAAAAUUGAAAAUUGUUGCAAUGCUUUUAACUAAAAUCUGAUCAAGAAAAUCUCAAAAAUAUUAUUCUAACCAUUUGUUAAAUAUUUUUGCAUAUCUGUCUCUGUUGCAGAUCUAUGUAUGAAAUUCAAAUUUAUGUGUUAAGGCCAUUAAACCACAGUGGAGUUCCUUUAAAGAAUUGAAACUUUUAUGACUUGACAUGAUAAUUUUCAUGAUCGAGUUAACACAUUGUCAGACACUUACAUAUUUUUUGUCAUCUAAGUGCAGUAAUGGGCUAACAUCUCUUAAAUUUCAAUAGGCGUUAAUCCAUUACUGCACUACAGUAACAAUUUAUUUAUCAUUUGAAAUAAAGCCUUACAAAUCUAAACAUUUUUUUUUGUAUGGAUUAAAAAGAACUGAAAUUUUAUUUACUAAUUGUUUCUAAAUGUAGAUAUGAUAAAUUUGAAUUGUUUUAAUUAUUAUUACAAAAUGUCAACAAAGUAGUGACAUAUUUUGUCAUUAAGCUCUGGGCAUUUAAUUCAUAUAGAUCUGUUCAAAGUGUUCACCUACAUGUAUCACAAUGUUUCACAUGUCUUCCUUAUGAAAAAAAAGUUUGCCAUGAAAUUCCCCGGUGUUCAUUUCAAGAGAAAAAAAAAUAGAUGUCAAAUUGUUCAUAGACAGUGGGAGAUAACACCAUCAUUUCAACUGAUACAGAAAACGUACCCACCAAUUUGUCCUUAAUACGUGUAAAAUAGAGGCAAAGAUUUAUCCUGUUAAAACAUUUUAUCAAGCUGAUCUUGCUUUUUAGCUCACCUGAGCUUGCUCAGGGUGAGCUUUUAGGAUCGGUGAAUGUCCGUCGUCCGUCGUCCGUCCGGCCGUCCGGCCGUCCACAAUUGCUUGUGAACACUCUAGCGGUCGCAUUUUUGCCUCAAUCAUUAUCAAACUUGGUCAGGAUGCUUAUCUAGUUGAAAGCUCGGAUGAGUUCGAACAUGGGUCAUCUCGGAUGAAAAACUAGGUCACAAGAGCUAAAAAUAGAAAAACCUUGUGAACACUCUAGAGGUCACAUUUUUGACCCAAUCAUCAUCAAACUUGGUCAGGAUGUUUGUCUAGGUGAUAGCUUGGAUGAGUUCGAACAUGGGUCAUCUCGGAUGAAAAAGUAGGUCACAGGAGCUAUAAAUAGAAAAACCUUGUGAACACUCUAGUGGUCACAUUUUUGAACCAAUCAUCAUCAAACUUGGUCAGAAUGCUUGUCUAGUCAAUUGCUUGGAUGAGUUCGAACAUGGGUCAUCUCUGAUGAAAAACUAGGUCACAGGAGCUAAAAAUAGAAAAACCUUGUGAACACUCUAGUGGUCACAUUUUUGACCCAAUCAUCAUCAAACUUUGUCAGGAUGCUUGUUUAGAUAAUAGCUCGGAUGAGUUCAAUUAUGGGUCAUCUCGGAUGAAAAACUAGGUCACCGGAGCUAUAAAUAGAAAAACCUUGUGAACACUCUAGUGGUCACAUUUUUGCAUCAAUCAUCAUCAAACUUGGUCAGGAUGCUUAUCUAGUUGAUAGCUUGGAUGAGUUCGAACAUGGGUCAUCUCGGAUGAAAAAGUAGGUCACCAGAGCUAAAAAUAGAAAAACCUUGUUAACACUUUAGCGGUCACAUUUUUGCAUCAAUCAUCAUCAAACUUGAUCAAGAUGCUUGUCUAGGUGAUAGCUGGGAUGAGUUCGAACAUGGGUCAUCUCGGAUGAAAAACUAGGUCACAGGAGCUAAAAAUAGAAAAACAUUGUUAACACUCUAGUGGUCACAAUUUUGACUCAAUUGUCAUCAAACUUGGUCAGGAAACUUGUCUAGGUCAUUCCUGGGAAUAAAUCGAACAUGGGACAUCUCGGAUGAAAAACUAGGUCACAGGAGCUAAAAAUAGAAAAAUAUUCUGUUAAUUGGUCUGAAAGUUUGUUUUGAUGAUUUUUAAGUCAAGAUCGAACAUGGGUCAUCUUGGAUGAAAAACUAGGUCACACCGCCCAAAUAUGGAAAAACCUUGUUAACAUUCUAGUGGUCACAUUUUCGACUCAAUUAUCAUCAAACUUGGUCAGGAUGCUUGUCUAGGUAAUUGCUUGGAUGAGUUCGAAAUCACAUGUGAAACUAGGUCACCGAAGCUAAAAAUAGAAAAAUCUUGUUAACACUCUAGUUGCUACUGUUUUGAUCCAAGUAUCCUGGAAAUUGGUCUGAAAGUUUGUUUUGAUGAUUUCUAGGUCAAGUUUGAAUAUGUAUCACCUGGGUAAAAAACUAGGUCGCACUGCUCAAAUAUGGAUAAUCCUUGUUAACACUGUAGUGGUCACAUUUUUGACUCACCUGUCAUGAGACUUGGUCAGAAUGCUUGUCUAGGUAAUUGUUUGGAUGAGUUUGAUAAUUCAGGUGAGCGAUCUAGGGCCAUCAUGGCCCUCUUGUUUUUUAAACCCAUAUUUAGAUUUUUAACACCAUUUAUCAAGCUGCAAUCAAAAGUAAUUAGACUUUGCCACUUGUAUAGAGCCUGGUUAGUCUGUCACUAAAGCUGGUAGUUAUAUGACUUUAACAGUACAAUAUGAAAAAGUAUGCUAAAAUUCUGUCCAUAUGAUUGUACACAUCAUCUGCAUAUCAGCCUACUAUACUCUUAAUAUGGUCAUUUGUUUAUCCUUUAUAGUUCUUUCAUAGCAUUAUUUGUGAAAGUGCAGAAUUUAAUUAUUUUUGAGUAAAAUACUGAAUUCAAUAGGGCAAGUACAUUGCUGUCAAACCUGUAUUGGACAAAGUGCCUGCAGAGUUUGAUAUAGGUUUUGUAGCUGUGUACAAGUCCAAUGGAAUCAUAGUUCCAGAGACAUAGAUAACAUCUACAUCUCUGAUUGCUCUCAACAAUUUUUAAUGACCUCUUUAUUUCUAAUUUUUGGACAGAACUUUGUUAUUUCAUGUACAGUAGAGACUUUAUAUGGUUUUAUUACCCUGAAAAUGAGGCUAAAUUGAAUGUGAUAUGUGUUUGAUAUAGAUAUUUUGGACUCUGAAAAUGAAAAAAGGCUAUAUAUGGGUAUGAUAUGCAUUUGAUAUUGAUUUUUUGGACUCUAAAAAUGAAAACGAGGCUCUAUAGGGUAUGAUAUGCAUUUGAUAUGGAUUUUUUGGAAACAAGGACAAAUUAAACAAGGACAAAUUGAUAAGAUUGGAUCCAAUACUGAUUUUUGUUGGAUUAUCACAUAGUUCAAACGUUAAAUGUUAUUUGGUUAUAUUUUGUUAGGUGUGUAAUGAAUAUGUAUAUUAAACUAUAUAUACUGGGAUAUGUUUUAUAUCUAUGUAAUAUAUAGAUAUUGUUUACGUGUAUAUAUAUGGCUCAACUAGCUUGUUUUUAUAUGUAGAAUAGUCUAGACAUUAUGAUUCACAAAGUGCCAACUUCGAUUGUUUUUUUAUAUACUUUUAACAAAUAGAAGGGUAUAAUAGUAAUUUAAUGUUUGCUUUGCUUAUGAACUGUUUGUUUUCUGUAUAUAGUAUAUAUUAUUUGUUUAAGAAUACAGUUUGAUUGCUAAUUAAUAAAAAAAAGUGCUUAAUGUUA